UACUGUUUUCCUACAAAUUAUAUUACAGCAAGUACCAAAUGUGCAUUUACAAAACACCCCUUGCUAUUUAUUAAUUUCAUAGAGGUCAAAUUGAGACCCAGUCUCUAAAUACAAGUCCAGUAUUCUUCUCUUUCCUCUUUCGUGGCUGACCUCAUCCCGGGCUCCUGCCUGGCCAGUGUCUGGGUUGGUGCAGGCUUCUCAGUGGCCCUAGCUGUGGGAGUUAGAGUGCUGUGGAAGGUCAGUGAUGUGAGUGACCAGUGUGGAGCCUGUCUGCCUGAUGGAAUUGAAUUGACGGGGGCAGAGCGUGCUGAAAGCAGAAUGUCACAUCAGUGUGGCUUGUCGUAAGUACACAUGAACAUAGCCCUUUAUGUAAGUCUCAAUUAAGGACAGGUGACGUAAAAGGCAGAAUAUUAUUUAUUCCGAUAGGGAUUUGGCGUUAGUUUAAAAAAAAGAGUGUCUCACAACCUUCCUGAAUGAGUCCUGGUGUCAUUGCUGCUGGGUUGCCCACUCUGGCUGUCUUCUGUCUUCCUUCACAGUCCUGUAAACACGCAGCCGGGCUGCUUUGAGUCUCUGCUCCCGAAGUCAACCAUUUUCUUUGCAUCUUUUGGCCUCAGUUGGGAAACGCUGUCUCUCGAGACCACACCUGCUGUGGCAUGAAUGGGCUGUUGAUGCUUCUCCUUUUGAGAAAAACGUAAAAUUUUGUGUUAAUUAAUGUGCCAUCUUCAAACAAAACAAUUUGGAAUCUUUCUAAUUCUCUCCUUUGUGUCCAUUCUGCUACAUGACUGGCUUUUGAAGAAAUCCUCCCUUAAACUUCACCACGCACUUUGAGACUAGCUUCUCGAAACGGAAGAGUGGAGUAGGUACUCUCACUCCUCUGUUCUGGCUGUAAAUUCUGUGACUCAAAGUCCUGAAAUGAAUUACCAUUGCUAAAAUAAAUUUCUAACGAUCACAUUCCCUAAGCUUUGCGCGCAGGAUUGAAUAACACAUCUUUAAAGCCUUGAAAAAGUUCUCAGCUGAUAGAAAUCUUACCACUCUCUGAAAUGGCGGAUGACUCCAAACGUUAGGUUUCGCUCUUACUGAAAGUCCUUGCUUUUCUCGACAGAGAGCCCCAAAUUUUCAUCUUAGAAAUAUGCUUCCACUUGAACAGUACUGUUUUGAGAUCAAAACUAGAAUAUUGACACAUUCUUCUUACAAAGAGAGUUUUGUUUCCUUUAUCUUUCUUUAAAAACAAGGAGCCACGCCCCCCCUUUCUAGUAGUCAAUUUCAAAAUCCCUUUUUAACCUUGUAGGUCCAAGGUAGCCAAGGAUGGCUGCAGCUUCCUAUGAUCAGUUGUUGAAGCAAGUAGAGGCCCUGAAGAUGGAGAACUCAAACCUUCGCCAGGAGCUCGAGGAUAAUUCCAGUCAUCUUUCCAAACUGGAGACUGAGGCAUCCAACAUGAAGGAAGUCCUUAAACAACUGCAAGGCAGUAUUGAAGAUGAGGCCAUGGCUUCUCCUGGACAGGUUGAUUUGUUAGAGCGUCUUAAAGAACUUAAUUUAGAUUGUAGUAAUUUCCCUGGAGUAAAACUACGAUCAAAAAUGUCGCUCCGAUCUUACGGAAGCCGGGAAGGAUCUGUAUCCAGCCGCUCAGGAGAGUGCAGUCCUGUCCCCAUGGGGUCUUUUCCAAGAAGAGGGUUUGUAAACGGAAGCAGAGAAAGUGCUGGAUAUCUGGAAGAGCUUGAAAAAGAAAGAUCAUUACUUCUUGCUGAUCUCGACAAGGAGGAAAAGGAAAAGGACUGGUAUUAUGCUCAACUGCAGAGCCUCACCAAGAGGAUAGACAGCCUUCCUUUAACAGAAACUUUUUCCUUACAAACAGAUAUGACCAGAAGGCAGCUGGAAUAUGAAGCAAGGCAACUCAGAGCUGCAAUGGAAGAGCAGCUCGGCACUUGCCAGGACAUGGAGAAGAGAGCACAGCGAAGAAUAGCCAGAAUUCAACAAAUAGAUAAAGACAUACUCCGUAUACGACAGCUUUUACAGUCCCAAACAACGGAAGCAGAGGGUUCAACUGCACGGAUAGACCACGAAACAGCCAGUGUUCUGAGUUCAAGCAGCACACACUCCGCUCCUCGAAGGCUGACAAGCCACCUGGGCACCAAGGUGGAAAUGGUGUAUUCAUUGUUGUCAAUGCUCGGUACCCAUGAUAAGGAUGACAUGUCACGAACUUUGCUGGCUAUGUCCAGCUCCCAAGACAGCUGCAUAUCCAUGCGACAGUCUGGAUGUCUCCCUCUUCUCAUCCAGCUCUUACAUGGCAAUGACAAAGACUCUGUGUUGUUGGGCAAUUCCCGGGGCAGUAAGGAGGCUCGGGCCAGGGCCAGCGCAGCCCUCCACAACAUCAUUCACUCACAGCCUGACGACAAGCGAGGCAGGCGUGAAAUCCGAGUCCUUCAUCUUUUGGAACAGAUACGAGCCUACUGUGAAACCUGUUGGGAGUGGCAGGAAGCCCACGAACAAGGCAUGGACCAGGACAAAAAUCCAAUGCCAGCUCCUGUUGAGCAUCAGAUCUGUCCUGCUGUGUGUGUUCUGAUGAAACUUUCCUUUGAUGAAGAGCAUAGACAUGCAAUGAAUGAACUUGGGGGACUACAGGCCAUUGCAGAAUUAUUGCAGGUGGACUGUGAAAUGUAUGGGCUUACCAACGACCACUACAGUAUUACAUUAAGGCGAUAUGCUGGGAUGGCCCUGACGAACUUGACCUUCGGAGAUGUAGCCAAUAAGGCGACACUCUGCUCCAUGAAGGGCUGCAUGAGAGCGCUCGUGGCCCAGCUCAAGUCGGAGAGCGAAGACCUGCAGCAGGUUAUUGCAAGUGUUUUGAGGAACUUAUCUUGGAGAGCCGAUGUGAACAGUAAAAAGACGUUGCGCGAAGUUGGAAGUGUGAAAGCCUUGAUGGAAUGCGCUCUGCAAGUUAAGAAGGAAUCAACCCUCAAAAGUGUAUUGAGUGCCUUAUGGAACUUGUCGGCACACUGCACUGAGAACAAAGCUGACAUCUGCUCUGUAGACGGUGCCCUUGCGUUUUUGGUUGGCACGCUCACUUACCGGAGCCAGACGAACACUUUAGCCAUUAUUGAAAGUGGAGGUGGGAUAUUACGCAAUGUGUCCAGCUUGAUAGCCACAAAUGAGGACCACAGGCAAAUCCUAAGAGACAACAACUGCCUACAAACCUUGUUACAACACUUGAAAUCUCAUAGUUUGACAAUUGUCAGUAAUGCAUGCGGAACUUUGUGGAAUCUCUCAGCAAGAAAUCCCAAAGACCAAGAAGCACUCUGGGACAUGGGGGCAGUUAGCAUGCUCAAGAACCUCAUUCACUCAAAGCACAAAAUGAUUGCUAUGGGAAGUGCUGCAGCUUUGAGAAAUCUCAUGGCAAACAGACCCGCUAAGUACAAGGACGCCAGCAUCAUGUCCCCUGGUUCCAGCCUGCCGUCUCUCCAUGUCAGGAAGCAGAAGGCCCUGGAGGCAGAGUUAGACGCUCAGCAUUUAUCAGAAACUUUCGACAAUAUUGACAACUUGAGUCCCAAGGCACCUCACCGGAGCAAGCAGAGACACAAGCAGAGCCUCUAUGGGGACUAUGUCUUUGACGCCAACCGACAUGAUGAUAACAGGCCAGACAACUUUAAUCCUGGAAACAUGACUGUCCUUUCCCCGUAUCUGAAUACGGCAGUGUUGCCCAGCUCCUCUUCAUCCAGGGGAAGCUUAGACAGUUCUCGUUCUGAGAAAGAUAGAAGUCUGGAGCGAGAAAGAGGAAUUGGCCUGAGCGGCUACCACACGGCGACAGAAGGUACAGGAAGCUCUUCAAAGCGAGGCUUGCAGAUCUCCAGCCCUGCAGCCCCAGUGGCCACCGGCGUGGAGGACGUCUCAGCCAUUCCCACCUCCCAGGAGGACAGAAGUUCGGGGUCUGCCACCGACCUGCAUUGUGCACCAGAUGAGAGGGCGGCACUGAGGAGCAGCUCGGGUGCCCGCACCCUUUCCAGCACUUACAGUUUCACUAAGUCAGAAAAUUCAAACAGGACGUGUUCUGUGCCUUGUGCCAAACUAGAAUGUAAGAGAUCUUCAAAUGACAGCUUAAACAGUGUCAGUAGCAGUGACGGCUAUGGCAAAAGAGGUCAGAUGAAGCCCUCCAUCGAAUCCUAUUCUGAAGAUGACGAGAGUAAAUUUUGCAGUUACGGUCAAUAUCCAGCCGACUUAGCCCAUAAAAUACACAGUGCCAAUCAUAUGGAUGAUAACGAUGGGGAGCUUGAUACACCAAUAAAUUACAGCCUCAAAUAUUCAGAUGAGCAGUUGAAUUCUGGAAGGCAGAGUCCUUCACAGAAUGAAAGAUGGGCAAGACCCAAACAUAUCAUUGAAGAGGAGAUAAAGCACGGUGAGCCGAGGCAGGCCCGGGGCCAGGGCACAGCGUACCCCGUGUAUGCCGAGAGCAACGAUGAGAAGCACCUCAAGUUCCAGCCACACUUCGCACAGCAGGAGUGCGUUUCCCCGUACAGGGCCAGGGGAACCGGUGGUUCGGAAGGAAAUCGAGUUAAUCAAAAUGCAAACCAGUCCUUGUGUCAGGAAGAUGAUUAUGAAGAUGAUAAACCAACCAACUAUAGUGAGCGCUACUCUGAGGGAGAACAGCACGGAGAAGAAGAGAGAGCAACAAGUUACAGCAUGAAGUAUAACGAAGAGAAGCAUCACGCGGACCAGCCUAUUGACUACAGCCUAAAGUACACCGCCGACGGCCCUUCCUCCCAGAAACCACCGUUCUCAUUCCCACAGAGCUCAUCCGCACAAAGCACUAAAACUGAGCAACACGUCCCUGCAAGCAGCGAGAAGGCAGCUGCCCCCGCAUCGAAUGCCAAGAGGCAGACUCAGCUUCACCCAGGUUCAGCACAGAACAGAAGUGCCCAGGCACCAAAGACCACCACUAUUAACCAGGAAACAAUACAGACGUACUGUGUAGAAGAUACCCCAAUAUGUUUCUCAAGGUGCAGUUCAUUGUCUUCUUUGUCAUCAGCUGAAGAUGAAAUAGGAUGUGAUCAGACAACUCAGGAGGCAGUUUCUGCUAAUACUCUGCAGAUAGCAGAGAUGAAAGAGAACAGUGGGGCUAGAGCUGCAGAAGGUCCUGUGAGUGAAGCUCCGGCCGUGUCCCAGCAUGUCAGAACCAAAGCCAGCAGACUCCAGGCCUCCGGACUGUCGUCAGAAUCAGCCAGGCAGAAAGCCGGCGAGUUAUCUUCAGGAGCCAAGUCUCCCUCUAAAAGUGGGGCGCAGACCCCCAAGAGCCCCCCAGAGCACUAUGUUCAGGAGACUCCGCUCAUGUUCAGCAGAUGCACUUCUGUCAGUUCGCUGGACAGCUUCGAGAGUCGCUCCAUUGCCAGCUCCGUGCAGAGCGAGCCAUGCAGCGGGAUGGUAAGUGGCAUCAUUAGCCCCAGUGACCUUCCGGAUAGCCCUGGACAAACCAUGCCACCAAGCAGAAGUAAGACCCCUCCACCACCUCCUCAGACAGUGCAGACCAAGCGAGAGGUACCCAAAAACAAAGCUCCAGCUGCAGAAAAGAAGGAGAGCGGAACUAAGCAAGCCGCUCUCAGUGCUGCAGCUCAGAGGGUUCAGGCUCUCCCUGAUGCUGACACCUUGUUACACUUUGCAACAGAAAGUACUCCAGAUGGAUUUUCUUGUUCAUCUAGCCUGAGUGCUCUGAGCCUCGAUGAGCCAUUUAUACAGAAAGACGUGGAGUUGAGAAUCAUGCCUCCGGUUCAGGAAAAUGACAAUGGAAAUGAAGCCGAACCCGAGCAGCCCGAAGAGUCCAGUGAAGAGCAGCAGCAGGAGGCGGAGAAGCCCGCCGAUUCUGAAAAGGACCUGCUGGAUGACUCGGAUGAGGACGAUAUCGAGAUACUGGAAGAAUGUAUCAUUUCUGCCAUGCCAACAAAGUCAUCACGCAAAGCCAAGAAGCUAGCCCAGACGGCUUCCAAACUGCCACCACCUGUGGUAAGGAAGCCAAGUCAGCUGCCUGUGUACAAACUCCUCCCAUCCCAAAACAGGCUGCAAGCCCAGAAGCAUGUUAGCUUCACGCCGGGAGAUGAUAUGCCACGGGUGUAUUGUGUAGAGGGGACACCCAUCAACUUUUCCACAGCCACAUCCCUAAGUGAUCUAACAAUUGAAUCACCUCCAAAUGAGUUAGCUGUUGGAGACGGAGGUGGAGCAGGCGCACGGUCUACUGAACUUGAAAAACGAGACACCAUUCCCACAGAAGGCAGAAGCACAGAUGAGGCACAGAGAGGAAGUGCCUUGGCAGUGGAUGACACUAAAGCAGAGGAAGGCGACAUUCUUGCAGAAUGCAUUAACUCUGCUAUGCCCAAAGGGAAGAGUCACAAGCCUUUCCGUGUGAAGAAGAUAAUGGACCAAGUCCAGCAAGCCUCUGUGUCUUCAUCUGGAGCCAACAAAAACCAGCCAGACGGCAAGAAAAAGAAACCGACUUCACCAGUAAGACCUCUGCCACAGAGCGCCGAGUACAGGACGCACACGAGAAAAAACGCAGACUCAAAAAACAGUUUAAACGCUGAGAGAAAUUCCUCAGACUCCAAAGAUCCAAAGAAACAGAACUUGAAAAAUAAUUCCAAGGACUUGAAUGACAAACUGCCCAAUAACGAAGACCGAGUCCGAGCAGGCUUUCCUUUCGAUUCACCUCAUCACUACACGCCCAUCGAAGGAACUCCUUACUGCUUCUCACGAAACGAUUCUUUGAGUUCUCUAGAUUUCGACGAUGACGAUGUUGACCUUUCCAGAGAGAAAGCGGAAUUAAGAAAGGGAAAAGAAAAUAAAGAGUCGGAAGCUAAAGUUACCAGCCACCCAGAAGUAACUGCAAAGCAGGCGUCAGGUGGCAAGACACAAGUCGUCCCCAAACAGCCAGCAGGACGAGAGCAGCAGAAGCCGUCCGCUUUUCCCCAGCCGUCCAAAGACGUGCCUGACAGAGGGGCGGCCGCGGAUGAGAAGUUACAGAGCUUUGCUAUUGAAAAUACUCCUGUUUGCUUUUCUCGGAAUUCCUCUCUGAGUUCUCUCAGUGACAUUGACCAAGAAAACAACAACAAGGAGAAUGAACCUGUCAAAGAGAGUGAGCCCCCCGACUCACAGGGAGAACCAAGUAAGCCCCAGGCAUCAGGGUACGCCCCUAAGUCCUUCCAUGUGGAAGACACGCCUGUCUGCUUCUCGAGAAACAGCUCUCUCAGUUCGCUUAGCAUUGAUUCGGAGGACGACCUGCUGCAGGAAUGCAUCACUUCUGCAAUGCCGAAGAAGAAAAAGCCCUCCAGACCGCAGGCCGGUCACGACAAGCAGAGCCCCAGGAACACCGACGGCGUCCUGGCUGAGGGUCUGACACUGGACCUGAAAGAUAUACAGAGACCAGACUCCGAGCACGGCUUAUCCCCGGAUUCAGAAAACUUUGACUGGAAAGCUAUUCAGGAAGGUGCGAAUUCCAUCGUGAGCAGUUUGCAUCAAGCUGCCGCUGCCGCGUGUCUGUCCAGGCAGGCUUCGUCCGACUCGGAUUCCAUCCUCUCAUUGAAGUCUGGAAUCUCGCUGGGAUCCCCAUUUCACCUUACACCUGAUCAAGAGGAAAAGCCUUUCACAAGUAACAAAGGCCCACGGAUUCUCAAACCCGGUGAGAAGAGCACGUUGGAAACGAAGAAGAUUGAAUCUGAAAGGAAAGGAAUCAAAGGAGGAAAAAAAGUUUACAAGAGUUUGAUCACUGGAAAAGUCCGCUCUAACGCAGAAGUUGCCAGCCAAAUGAAGCAGCCCCUGCCCGCAAGCAUGCCUUCAAUCUCCCGAGGUCGGACGAUGAUUCACAUUCCGGGAGUCCGAACUAGCUCCUCGAGCACAAGUCCUGUUUCUAAGAAAGGCCCGCCCCUCAAGACAGCGGCCUCCAAGAGCCCCAGUGAGGGCCCUGCGGCCACCGCCACCACGUCUCCCAGGGGCACCAAGCCGUCAGGGAAGUCAGAAUUAAGCCCUGCCCCCAGGCCGCCGACAUCCCAAACAGGUGGAUCAAACAAAGGAUCUUCUAGGUCAGGAUCUAGAGAGCCCACUCCUUCCAGACCUGCCCAGCAGCCACUGAGCAGGCCCGUGCAGUGUCCAGGGAGAAACUCCAUUUCCCCUGGCCGAAACGGAGUCAGUCCUCCUAGCAAACUGUCUCAGCUGCCACGGACGUCAUCCCCCAGUACUGCUUCAACCAAGUCCUCGGGCUCCGGGAAGAUGCCCUACGCAUCCCCAGGCAGGCAGAUGAGCCAGCAGAACCUAACAAAGCAAACGGGCCUCCCCAAGAAUGGCAGUUGUAUCCCAAGAAGUGAGUCUGCCUCUAAAGGACUGAAUCAGCUGAGCAAUGGCAACGGAUCUAGUAAGAAAGUAGAACUUUCCAGAAUGCCUUCAACUAAAUCCAGUGGAAGUGAAUCUGAUAGAUCAGAGAGACCUGUGUUAGUACGCCAGUCUACUUUCAUCAAGGAAGCUCCAAGCCCAACCCUAAGAAGAAAACUGGAGGAGUCGGCCUCAUUUGAAUCUCUUUCUCCAUCUUCCAGACCAGAUUCUCCCACGAGGUCCCAGGCCCAAACCCCAGUGUUAAGUCCUUCCCUUCCCGACAUGUCUCUGUCCACACACUCGUCCGGUCAGGCUGGUGUGUGGCGGAAACUCGCGCCUCAUCUCAGCCCCACCCUGGAGUACAAUGACGGCAGAGCAGCAAAGCGCCAUGACAUAGCGCGCUCCCACUCAGAAAGUCCUUCCAGACUGCCCGUCAACAGGUCCGGGACCUGGAAACGGGAGCACAGCAAGCACUCGUCCUCCCUUCCCCGGGUGAGCACGUGGAGAAGAACCGGGAGCUCCUCUUCGAUUCUCUCUGCUUCAUCAGAAUCCAGUGAGAAAGCAAAAAGUGAGGAUGAAAAGCACGUAACCUCUACGUCAGGAACCAAGCAAAAUAAAGAAAACCAAAUAUCCACAAAGGGGACGUGGAGAAAAAUAAAAGAAAAUGAAAUUUCUCCCACAAAUAGUACUUUGCAGAAUACUUCCUCAGGUGCUGCAAACGGUGCUGAAUCCAAGAGUCUGAUUUAUCAAAUGGCACCUGCGGUUUCUAAAACAGAGGACGUUUGGGUGAGGAUUGAGGACUGCCCCAUCAACAACCCCAGGUCUGGAAGAUCCCCUACGGCUAACACUCCCCCUGUGAUCGACAGCGUCUCCGAUUCAAAAGACAAUCAGGGAAAACAAACCGCAGGCAGCGGAGGUGCUCCCACACAUACCAUGGGUUUGGAAAACCGUCUAAACUCCUUUAUUCAGGUUGACGCCCCUGACCAAAAAGGAGCUGAGAUAAAACCAGGACAGAGUAACGCCAUCGCCGCGUCGGAGACCAACGAGGGUUCCUUGGCAGAGCGUACCCCGUUCAGUUCCAGCAGCUCCAGCAAACACAGCUCACCCAGUGGGACUGUGGCUGCCAGGGUGACCCCCUUUAACUACAACCCCAGUCCUCGGAAGAGCAGUGCAGACGGCUCCUCAGCCCGGCCCUCCCAGAUCCCCACUCCCGUGAAUAACAACACAAAGAAACGAGAUUCAAAAACCGACAGCACAGAAUCCGGUGGAACGCAAAGUCCCAAACGGCACUCUGGGUCUUACCUUGUGACGUCCGUGUAAGAGCCGGGGCGUGAAACUGAGGCAUUUACAUGUUAAUUUGACUUGCUAGAUAGAAGUUUUGUUUUCAAGUGAAACUAAAAAUCUGAACAUUUUUGUAAAUAGGUUUAAUUCUUGUUGGAGGGUUUUUGUUCCGGAAGCCAUAUUUGAUAGUAUACUUUGUCUUCACUGGUCGUAUUUUGGGAGGCACUCUUGAUAGUUAAGAAAGCCAAGUAUAUUUGUACAGUAUGUUUUACAAGGAUUUAAGCAGAAUCCCAUCCCAUCAUCCUUUAAUUAUUGCUUGUCUUAAAAUAAUGAACACUACAUAGAAAAUAUGAUAUAUUGCUGUUAUCAGUCAUUUCUAGAUUAUAAACUGACUAAACUUACAUCAGGGAGAAAUUGGUAUUUAUGCAAAAAAAUAUGUUUAGUGCUGUGAGUCCAUCUAAUGUCAUAACUAAUCAUGUGGCUGUGAAAUUCACAGUAAUAUGGUUCCUGGUGAACAAGUUUACCCAGCCUGCUUUGCUUCACUGCAUGAGUGAAACCGAUGGUUCAUUUUCAGAAGUGAUGAGUGGCGGUUCCGUGGUCACAUGACGUCGUAGGUAGCUUCAGUGUUCCAAUGCACACAACAGAAGUCUGUGUAACUGUAAAACAUUGAAUGCAACUAUUUUACCUGAACUAGAUUUUAUCUGAAAGUAGGUAGAAUUUUUGCUAUGCUUUAUCUUGUUGUAUAUUCUGGUAUUUGAGGUGAGAUGGCUGCUCUUUUAUUAAUGAGACAUGAAUUGUGUCUCAACAGAAACUAAAAGGACGUUUCAGAAUAAAUUAUUGCUGUAUGUAAACUAUGACUGAAACUGGUAUUUGUUUAAAAGGUCUUAUUUCACAUUUGUAUUAACUGUCAAAAAGGCCUCUUUAAAAAGCUUAUACAAAAUAUACAAAAUUAUGUUUCUUCUGAUUCUAUGCAUUAAGAGUAAAAUUCCUCUUACUGUAAUAAUAAUUAAAAAAAUUGCAGAA